ACCGUUCCCAGUACCCUCCGGUGCCUCCCGGUACCCUCCGGUACCCCGUGGGUCAGGGAGAAGCGGCCAUGUCCAUCGCCUCCUCCAACACCACCAUGAGGGUGCCCGCCGGCUUCCGGAACCUGCUGGAGGGGCUGGCACGGGAAGUGCUGCGGGAGCAGCCUACCAACGUGGUGGCCUUUGCAGCUCAGCACUUCCAAAAGCUGCUGGAGCAGAGAGAGGCUGGUGGCAUUGACCCGGUGGCGUGGGGAGCCAUGCUGGAGGACGACCGUCUCACCUGGCCCCCUUCCCGGGACCUGAAGGAGGCCAAGGACACUGAGGGGCAGCAGGCAGCACCAGGGGGAGCAGGCAGCACGCACAGCUCCAGAUCACUGUGA